AUAAGGCAACAUGGCAACAUCGUAUACGCUUUCGUAUACCAACAAGUUGUUAGCGCUGGAAUCGUCGUCGUCGGUUUGCGUGGCACGUCACGUUCGAUCUUCAGUCGUGGCGUGAGUUUGCCAGUAUCUGUACGGGGCAUGGCGUCGUCAGAUCGCGUUAUAAAAUUGCGGAACAGCGAAACCGUGAAGUUCCUAGAACUGUACGCUGGCGAAAGGAUGCUUUACGAUUUCAACCUCGACGAAUACAAGGACCGCGAGUUGAGGAGCGAGGCCUCGAAGAGGAUCUCGAAGGCGAUGGGCAUCGAUGGAUUUGGUCCGAGGGAGAUCAUCUCGAAGUUCAAGAACUUGAGAAGUUCUUACUGCCAGGAGUUGAAGAAAAUUGCGGAGGCCGAAAGGAAGGGGUCAGUGUACAAACCGAAAGUUUUCUGGUUCGAUCAGAUGAACUCCUUCAUUCGUCCUUUCAUCCAGCAGCGAGGGCACCAGAACACUGCACAAACGAAUCUGAUUGAAGACACACAAUCGGAGCAUUCCGACUCACCAUUUCUACAGGAAGUUGAAGAAUUCGAAGACAUUAUCUGCGAGAGUCCCAUAACUGUUAAAACUGAACCAACCAUCACAACCCUUAAACGAAAGAGUCCUUCAAUAUCUUCAAUUGAGCCUCUACCUAAAAUAAGACAAGUUUUCACAGAAUCAGAAGUUGAUCAUCUGAUGCCAGACGCGCAUCAAAAAACAACUGAUAUUUCAGAUAAUAUUGCAAGUACAUCUAGCGAAGAUAUUUACGAUAUUUUUGGUAAAUAUGUGGCGACAAUGUUGAGAAGUAUUGGCCCUCCAACUGCCCUGAGACUGCAAGAAACCAUAACGUCUACAAUGAUAAAUGCGAUGUGUUCGUUUCAAACCAACUGCAACCAGUCAACGGGAGCCACAAGUAAAGGAGAUUCUAAUCAUUAUUGAGCCAGGAAUUCAUCAAUCGUUGAAUGAUCCUUGAAAAUACUGUGAUAAAAGAUUGAUUUCAUUGAAGUAUAUACAUUAAAAGUACAAGAAAUAAAAUAAAUUGAAUGUGCAGUGAAAAAAAAAUAAUUUCAUUAUAGUUGUAUUGUAGUUUAAGUAAAAAUUAUAAAA